ACACCCAAUUGUCCAUAGCAUAUCGUAUUAUUUUCCACCAACUUUCCAGCAUGAAAGCGCUCAACAUCCUCAUAAUGCUUGCCUUGUUAAUGGCCUUGACCAUCACCAAUCUCUCCGCUACCCCAUCUGAUGAUGAACCGUUAUUUUUCCACAAUGACGGUGACGAAGAUCGUAGCCAAGAUGAACCAACUUCCGUCGGGUUCACGAGCAGGUUUCUUGCACAAAAACCUCGGGCGCCGAUGACUUGUGACAGAUACCCCAGGGUGUGUCGUGCGGCGGGCAGUGCGGGGCCUGAUUGCUGCAAGAAAAGAUGUGUGAAUGUGAAGACAGACUGGUUCAACUGCGGAAUGUGUGGUAAGAAGUGUAGGUACUCGGAGAUUUGCUGCAAAGGGAAGUGUGUGAAUCCGAUGUCCAACAGACUGCACUGUGGGGGUUGCAACAACAGCUGCAACAAAGGAAGUAAAUGUCUUUAUGGGAUGUGCAGCUAUGCAUAGAAACUCUGGCGGGGCCUCUCUUUUUUUGUGAGAUAUUUGAUCAAAUGAUUAGCAGCUAGAAUAUGUUGAUGCCCUAUAUAGUCAUUCAAAUUACUAAGAACAAAUAAAGGCGAGCCACCACAGCUUGGUGUGGGUUUCGCUAGCUGUAGUUAUUUUUUGAAUUUAAAAUUAAUUAUCGUUUCAUUGCUUUCAUGUAACUAUUUGGAAAGAAUAUAUGUAUACUGAUACAUACAACUUAUUUGUUUAAUACUAUUACAUCAAUAUUUUAAUCAAAGUAACGAAAAA